AUAGUGCUGAUGCCGCAGUGACUAUUAUACUAUAUAUGCGUGUGCAGCACAGAGAGGGAACGAGAGCUGAUGCUGCAGCGCCGGGCACGCACGCGCUCUUCUCUUAUCAGCUGAUACCUGGCCGCUGCGAAUUGCCGCGGAAACUCAUUAUCGCUAUUCCAUCGCAAUACACGCGUAUAAUUGCGAUUCUUAAUAGAGACGUCGCGUCGAUCAGCUGGAGUUGAAGCUCGCGAUGUGUGUACCGAAGCUCCGGCUGUGCGAUAAGAUAUAGGAUGAGAUAACGAGUUGUUGCACUUUUUAUGUCCUGACCCAUAUGUACACAUUGUGCUAACUCGCACACGAGAAUCGAUCAUGUUUAUACGGCGCUGGAAAAUUGCCCGGUGAUUAGCGUGAGCGAGCGAGAGAGGCUUUUACGCGUAAUUGCACGCUUGUCGCUCGAGUUUAUGUUAUCUAGGGCCAGAUGAGAAAAGGACAUGCAUUUUGUUUGGAAUUAAUGUUCGCGUGCUCGCACGUAGUUUCCAAGCUGGGAAGCAUUGAUUUCGCACUUUAUUCAUAAAUUCAUUGAGGAGAAGUCGGUGUCGAAGAUCUCUGCAAGCGAAUUUACCUACAGAGGGUAUGGUCGGGGAAUCCCCGGAAUCCUUCGAGCUCUCCGGCAGAUGUCAGCACCGACUCAGAAGCCACUCGCCUAAUCAGAGGGUUUCCCGCGUGCGUUUAUCAGCCCUCUCGCGUGCAGUAUAGCUCGUUAAAAGUCUCGUGUUUCCUGAUCGCGGUGUAAUCGUGAGCCUCGAGAAACUUUAUACGAGCAUUGCCGUGAUAAGCCGAAAGUGCGGCUUUCGAAUUUUCAAAUCGUAUCGUGCAAGUGUUGUCUGCCAUGCCUACACCGGAAUUUCGCGUGAUUUGAAUUUUCUCCGAGUGUCCGAGUGGUACCGAUUUUUUCGAACGUGCGUGAGAAAAUCGAUUUUCAAUAAAGAGAGAGAAUGACACAACGGCUGCCGGUACAAUCUCGAUAAGCUACAUUAGCGAUCGAAUCGUACCGAGCUCUCGAUUCGGGAAAGGUGUAAUCAUCGCGCAACGUACGUACAUUGAAGAAAUCGGAGAAAAGAUGGCCGGGCGAAAAAUCGUGCGUCGAGACUCAGACGCGGUUUUCCAACACUUCGGGCAGAAGGAGCUGCUCUUCAAAAUUCUCGUCAUCGGCGAUUACGGAGUCGGUAAAACCGCUAUCGUCAGGCGAUACACCGAAGGAAAAUUUUCUUCGAACUACAAAAUCACGAUCGGCGCCGAUUUCGCCAUCAAGAACCUCGACUGGGACUCGCAGACGAAGAUCAAGCUCCAGCUAUGGGAUAUCGCCGGCCACGAGAGGUUCGGCUACAUGACGAGAGUGUACUACAAAUACGCGGUAGCCGCGGCCUUGGUCUUUGACAUAUCGAGGGUCGCCACCUUCCAGUCGGUCAAAAAGUGGCUCGGCGAUCUGAGGGAGAAGGUGACGCUGCCCGACGGAUCCAAGAUACCGAUCGUACUGUUGGCCAACAAGUGCGACAUCAACCAGGCAGCGGUACCCAAUGAACAAAUCAUCAAGUUCUGCAAGGAGAACGAUAUCGGCUCGUGGUUCGUUACCUCGGCCAAGGAGAACCUCAAUAUAGACGAGGCGAUGCACUAUCUAGUCGGAAACGUCCUCAAGUCGAAGAUCAACGAGGAAAUACGAGAGUCGAUCAAGCUGAGGGAUACUCCGCUGCUGCGGGACAAACAGACUUGUUGCAGAACUUUUACAUGAUCGUAGAUAGAACACUUGUUAAACUAUUUUUAACUAUAUUACGUUUGUUUCAUUUUCUCCGCUAGUUCUUGCACAAAAUCCUUGUGGAUCGUGUGUUAAUUUCACUUUUCGUAUUUUUGUACAAUAAACAGUAAACGAUGGUUUAUACUGUAAAUCGUA